GUGUCUAGCUCUUAUUUAACCGAUUCCGUCCAGUUUCCUUUUCUUCCCUCCCCUUCAACGGCUUGCUUCCCUCUCCGACCCACCCUCCUCGGCCCCCACGCGGCCCCACAGGCUACUCCUCACACCCGCCAGCCCACAAUGCGUGCUACGUUCGAUAUCUACGAGGACCCGGACAUCAAGUCGGAGGAGGACGUCUGGACAUCGGAGCGAUCCAAGACCACAUUCUACAUUGUGUUCACCACCUCGCUCGCCGUCCUUUCCGCGCUGGGCUUCACCUUCUACCAACUAGUGCAGUCGGACACGGGUGUGCUGGGCAGUCUGAGGUUGUCGCGUAACAGGCUCUGACUCCACCUGCGACAUCGCUUCUAGCCGCCGCCGCACACAUGGACCCUCGCACACCUACGCCAAGCCACUCAUGGUCGUACUCGAGGCAGUUCGGUUAUCAUGGGUCUAUGUGGCACAGGCUAGCUGUGGCACUCGCCUGUUUCCUGCCCUCCCCGAUUUUCUCGCCCGUUGUAUUCGAGUGUACGAUAUCCAGACGUAGCCCUCCAUUUCCGCACAGACCGUAGUAUUCGCGAUACGUUGUACUGUACCAUUAUAAUUCAUUGCUGUGUCUUUGUCUCGGAUCGCUUCCUUUUAUCACAUGGGAAAG